UCAAUUCUCUAACCAAAGUACACAAACACAAAACCCACAAGACCAGAAAAAAAAAAACAGAGAGUAAACAUGAGAUCUCUCUUCUUACUAGCCUUGUUCCUAGUUCUUGCUUUUCACCAUGGUGAAGCAGCCGUGACUUGCAACAACGUGGUUGGUGAUCUUUACCCUUGCCUCUCCUACGUGAUGCAAGGCGGAAACGCUCCAUCAACUAACUGCUGCAACGGUGUCAGAACGCUCAACAGUCAGGCUCAAACCACUGCGGAUCGUCAGAGUGUUUGUCGUUGCAUCAAAAAUGCUAUUGGAGGAGCCUCUUACUCUUCAAGCAACCUUAACAAUGCUCUGUCUUUGCCUGCUAAGUGUGGUGUUAAUCUCCCUUUCAGUAUCAGCCCUUCCACCAACUGCAACAGUAUCCACUGAAAUAAGCAGAAGAUCCUGAAGGAAGCUACUACUACUACUACACUACUACAAGAACUUAGGACAUGGCCUGGUAGUAGUAACUACGUUGUUCAGUGAUGUAUCUUCAUCUCUAUGUUCUUCAAGGUUCUAAUAAAAAUUACAACAUGCUA